AUGAGUUAAGUUAGAGACAUGCCAGCUAAUAUUCUUAAUUGGUUACUUGAGGCAAAUAUUGACAAGGAAAAAAUUAACUAAGCUUGGGUAAAAUCUGGUUAUGAUGAUAAAAAAAUUUUCGAUAUUAUUUUUUCAGAUGAAAAUAUUGAUAAACAGAAUAAUUAAAAGUCUAAUAAUUAAAAACAAUGUAUAGAUAAUGAUAAUGAUUUCCUUGAAAAAUCUAAAUUAGAAAAACAUGUUUCAAAAUAAAUGACUGAUUUAUUAUAAGCUAAAAAACCAAGAAAACCAAAUAGUUAUGUGGCGAUUGAAAAUAAUGAAAAUGAUAAUAUUUUGGACAUUAUUUUUUAAUUAUUUCAUUAAAUACCUUAGCUUUAUGAAUAAAUUUUAAAAGUUCAAUGUAAUUCAUAAGUAAAAUCUAUUAAUAUAUAUUAUAUAGGAAACUGGAAAAUUUUUAAAGUUAAUCUAACUGCUAUUAACAGAAUUAACUGCCUCUAAUUAAAGUUUUGUUAGUUAAAAACAAAUAUUACAGUCUUCUUUUUGGGGUGCUAAGGAUAUAGAAUUUCUUGAGAAAUCAUAAGAUCCUUCUGAAAUAUUUUUCUUUCUUUUAAUUAAAAUAGAUUUUUGUCUUGGAUAAUAAAUGAAAUAAGGAUAAGAGAAAAAUGAGAAUUUUAUGAUUAAGGAAUUCAAUUCACUAUUUAAUUUCAAAUUUUAAGGGAUCUAAGAUUAUGGAAGUACAUUCUUAUUAAGUACAGAUAUGGAACAAAAUAGUGUUUUAAGUUUUUUAAAUGAAAAAUACUAAUAAAAAGUUAUUAGCUUUCCUUAAUUUUUAUGUAUUUAAAUAAAAAGAAAAAAUGGUAAAAUAAAAUAUUAUUCUAUUAGGAGAUUAAAAAAUUUUCAAUAUUAACUAAAAAUUAGAGAUUGAAUUUUUGAAAAAGGAUUAUAACGGAAAAGGAAUGAAUUAAUAAAAUUUGUAGAUUACUUAUAAUGAUUUGGAAAUCAUAUAAUAGGAUUUCAAAAACAUAGAAAAAGUAAUAGAAAUUUUUUAAGAAGAUGAAAAUCAAUAAUAAUCCUAAGAUAUUAUAAAAAUUUUUAAAUCAAAGCUAAAUACUUUAUAGAGAAUAUAUAAUGUUGGGUAAGGUAAUUUAUAAAAAGAAAAAAAUUAUUAAGACAACUAAUCAUAAGUAUAUGUAAUUUAUUCAAUUGGUUUACAAAAAGGUUCUUAGGGCAGUAAAGCAAUAAGUCUGUACAUCUAAAAUUAUAAAGAUAAAAAUUGGUUAAAAUUUACAAAUAACUAAAAUUAAGUUAUUAUUGAUGAUGAAGAAGUUUUAAUUGAUUCCAAUAAAAAUGCAUAAUUUGUUAUUUACAUUAAUACCAAUUUAAUACCUUAAGUCAAACAGCAUUUAACUUAAUAGAAUGAAGUUUGUAAUUUAAUAUCAAAAAAUAAUUGUUAUGAUAUAAAUCACAAUUCAUACCUAAAACAAUUGGUGCCAAAGGAUGUUUUAUUGGAAAUAUUUUAGAAUAAUUUGAGAUAUAAAUAGAAUCCAAAUGGAUGA